AUGAGUGGAGAAUGGAAUACGGAUAAAAGUGAACACAUCGGAAAAAAUCAAAUCAGGAAAGGAGAAAAUUUGCAGUUGGAUACGAAAAAUCCAUUCAAUAGGUUUUCCGACCCAUAUGACUGGGAGUUUGAACAGUCUCUGCAGUCCUUCCAAGACGAGUCCAAGCUAAAGAGGAUUGUCACCUCACCAGAUGGAACUCCAGUGACGCGUUCGGUCAGUGGUACCCCAGCAUCGAUGUCUCGCGGCGCUGUCGGACGUUUUCCUCCUACCAUGAGACAUGUUAGCAUGAAUCGUCCAACUAAAAACACUUUCAAGUAUUCAUAA